AUGAGUAGGGGUUACCUCAUUGCCAUUGACUUUGGCACGUCUUACAGUGGUCAUGUUUACAGCAUCGCCCCCAGAGGGGCUGAGCUGGUUCCCAACCUGCGGCGCUGGGGUCAGGAGUACGGACACAACACUCCAAAGACCCCCACCUGCAUUCUGUUCGAUGCCAACGGGAAAUUCAUGCAUUUUGAAUACAAGGCCAAAGAUAAGUACUUGGAGAUGGACAAAGACGAUGCAGCCAAGAACUAUUUCUUUGAGAACUUCAAAAUGGAACUGCACAAUAAGAAAAUCACUAAAGAUCUGACCAUCAAAGACGUGAAGAAGCGUCCGAUGAGCGCGCUCAAGGUGUUCUCUGCGGCGCUGAGGUUUCUGAAGGACGACGCCCUCAAAACCAUCUUCAUGAGGACUUCCGAGGGCGCAGAAGACGGAUCUCCAUCUGUUCCUGACUUCAUUAAGAAUCUGCUCAGGGAAAAACUGGAUUUGCCCCAGUCUCUGGACUUGACCAUAGACAUAGCGCACCGCUCCCUGGGAUUAAAGCCGCCACCCGAGGCCCCACCACGAUCAGUGGCUGGGAUCGUGUCCUCGUCCUCUCAGGACAAACUGGUGAUCGCGCUGGAGCCGGAGGCCGCUUUAGUUUGGUGUAAGAAACUUCCGUGCGAUGGCUUCAUCACUGAAGAACAUGAAGGAGCUGCUCUCCAGCAGACUCCAGGGACUCAGUACGUCUUGUGGACUGUGGAGUCGUCUUUAAGGCGUCAAUUCUGUGUUUCAGGAGGAACCAUCAACAUUACAGUUCAUGAAGUCCUUGAAGGGGGAGCCCUUAAAGAGCUGCACAAAGCAUCAGGAAACGACAAAGGAGGACGAAGAGUGAACAAGAGGUUUAACCAGUGUCUGAGAGAGUUCUUCUGUGGCGGUCUGUGGGAAGACUACGAGAGAGAGUUUCCCAAAGACGUUCAGACGUUUGUGGAGGAUUCCAUUUACCAUGCGGCCCCACAGAGCCGUGUUUAUAAGACCCACAUCGACAGAAGUUUAAGGCAAAAGUUAAAAAGGAUCGAAAAGUCUCAGGAAGAGGGCGGCUCUCUGUUCAAACCCAUGGAAGGUGUGGAGCUGGAGGGGGACAAACUGAGCGUCUCAGAGAAGAAGAUGAAGUCUUUCUUCCAUGAGAGUCUGGUGCACAUCACUGACAGUCUGUGCGAGAUCCUGGACUCACAUUCUCAGAUACAGUAUAUUCUGUUAGUGGGAGGUUUCUCUCAGAGCAGGAUCCUCUGUGGCCAUGUGCGCCAACAGUUCAGUGACCGGGCCAGAGUGCUGUGCCCUAAGAACCCUCAGGAGGCCAUUCUGAAGGGAGCUGUGGUGUUCGCACGAGACCAGGCGGUCAUCCGCUCUCGCAAGAGCGCAUUCACGUACGGAGUGAAGAUAAGUGUGAGGUACGACAAGUCCAAACACAAGAGUAAGUUUACCAAUAAAGAGGGGGACUGGUGUAAUGUCAUGUUUUAUAAGUUAGUGGGAAUCGAUGAAGACGUGGGAUGGGAUGAAACUAGGAAGUACACCUUUAUAGAGCCCUGCACUUGA